CUUGAUUUCCUCUUGCAGCCCCGCGGUCUCCACGUAACACCCUGGCAAGCCCUUCUCAAUUUUUUCCUUAAAUAAAUGUUAUAAAUAGUGCUGUGUUCUGUUGACUGCCGUUCCAUCCUCCUCUCAAAGCCCGGAGUGAAUAUUUUUUGCACUGCCCUCCUCUCUCAGUCACGUGCACUCUCACUCUCCCCCUCUUUCACACCAUUCACCUCUUGCCUUCCCUCUCUGAAUCGUUUUGCUCUCUCUUUCUAUCUCCCUGAGGCUUUCUGGAGGAAUUUCUAGCUUAGAGUGCCUGUCAAGCAGUAAGAAGAAGCUCUCAAGAAGACAGAAGACAGACCAGGUGGAGAGACUGAGCAGAGUAGUGGCGUCAGUAUGCCGUGUGUGAGCUUCCUGUUGGUGGGGACUUGCCUGCUGGUCCUCGGCCCGGCUGUUUGGGGCGCUCCCAGCCAGUGCCCGGCUCAGUGUCACUGCCAUGGGGACCUGCAGCAUGUCAUCUGUGACAACGUGGGGCUGAAGAAGAUCCCGCAGGUGUCCGAGGCCACCCGUCUGCUCAACCUGCAAAGGAACAACCUGGGCAGCCUGCCCACUGGCUCCUUCGCCAGCAGCAAGGGUCUCAUCUCAUUGCACAUGCAGCACUGCCAGCUCCAUGAGAUUGGCGGCCAGGCCUUCAAGGGACUCAAGAAGCUAAUCUACCUCUACCUGUCCAACAACGAGAUCACCAGCAUCAAGCCAGGUGCCUUCGAGGACCUCACCGAGCUCACUUACCUCUACCUGGAUGGCAACCACAUCAGCGACCUGCCCAAGGGAAUCUUCUCACCCAUGAUAAACCUGUUCAUCCUGCAGCUCAACGACAACAAGCUGCGUGACAUCAAGCCAGGCACCUUCGCCGGAGCCAAAGACCUGCGCUGGCUGCACAUGAGUGGCAAUGAGAUGAACUCGCUGCAGCCGGGCUCUCUGGACGACGUGGAGAACCUGGCCAUCCUGCACCUGGACAGGAACAGGCUGUCCACCUAUCCUGGCCUGGCCAUGAGCAAGCUGAGAGUGGUGGAGGAACUGAGCCUGGCCAAGAACCCCCUGAGGAGCAUCCCCGACAACGCCUUCCAGAGCUUCGGACGCUACAUGGAGAAGCUGAACCUGGAUGGCAUGGGGCUGGAAAAGUUCUCUGACGCUGCAUUCAAUGGAGUGACGGCCAUCAAGUCUCUGCACCUGGACAACAACAAGCUCAAGUCCCUCCCCAACAGCCUGGAGUUCACUACUAUCACCAACCUCACGCUCUCCAACAACCCCUGGAGCUGCACCUGCAUGCUUGCCCCUCUGCGCAAGUGGAUGGACUCUAGCCGCCAGCGCCCUGAUGCGCUCUGUGCAUCUCCAUCCUCACAGAGAGGAAAGCAGAUUAGAGACAGUUCUGCCUUCAGCAGCUGCAAAGUCAAGACAAAGAGAGCCAAGAAGGGCACGCGCCAUUAAAAGAGGAGACGCUGCCUGAGGGGAAAGGCCUGUCCAGGUGACGGGCUCUGUACGUGUGCAGAGAAAGAAAGAAAUAAAGCAACUCUAACUGCUACUUCAAGACUGUCCAACUCACUAUCUGACAAAUCUCAAUUUCACAUGUACACACAGGAAGUGAUACAUGACACAAACACAUGCACACAAAACACACAAACAGAAAACCAAAAGGCUUACACGAAGCAGAGACUCAAGAAAACACUUGUACACAAGUGGAAGAAUUGUGUGGUUCAGUUAAAAGACAACAUUCACACAACCCACACACACACACAACAUACACACAACCUUUAUCAAUACAAACACACACCUUUGUUUCAUCCCACUCUCUUUUCAACGGCUGAGGAAUUUGUCAAGCGUCCUACAACCAACACAUAGACAAACAGCCAUGUUGACUCUCCUCGAAGCCAGCUUUACACCUUCACACCUUCAGCUUUACACCUUCACCUUUCAGGACCCUGCCGCCUACUGCCACAGCAAUGGCCUACAUAAUUCCCCAACUAUGGGUCACUCCGUUGGUCAUGUCUCGCUGUCUCGCUUCUCCUGUGAGAAAUUCUCUGUCAGACUGAGAAAACAUCCUAAAAGGACUGUGACCAUAAAACGGACGUCGACGUAGCGUGACCCCUCUCAAACUCUGACCAAAGGUAAACGAUACAUCACAGCGCAGGCGGCUGAGGACUUUUUCUGAAAGGGUUUAUGAGACAACGGAGCGAUGGCAGGUCAAAGUUGAGAAGGAACAGUCAGAGACGACAUGAACAAAGAGAGGACUCCAGUUCUCCAGCAGUAUCUUUCGUUUAACGAAUGAAUACAUACAAAGGACAAUCUCCCUAGAGAUACAAAGAUACUUUAUUCUUACAUUAAUUAAGUUUAAAAGGGUUUGCAAUGCAUUUAAAUCUGUUAUCACAGGGGGAAAUGGUGUACAGUUCAAAAUGGAUAUGAGAAAAGGUGGCAGGGGUGUCAUGUCUUUGACUAAAUAAGUAAUAUACUAAAUAUUUUGCCUUUUCCAUCCACCCUGCUGUGGCAAUGCUUCAUUUGUUAGCGGACACACCCAGACACUCUGUGUUACAUUUCAUUUCAAGUAAUUGAUUGACAUUGAAAAAAUAUAUUUUUUACUGCUAAGUCAAUGGAUUGUCUAUAAGCAUCAUAUAAGCAUAAGCAUACUCUGCGAGUAUCAUAACUCUUAAGAUUUGGCUCUUCUUUUUUAUGUAUAUUGAACAUCAUAAAUGUAUUUUUUUGACUUUUGGAAGUGAACAACUCACAUCCAAUAAACAUCUAAGAAAUAAAGAUGUAACCUUG